AUGUUUGGAAUUCAGGAAACUAUACCGCGGGGCGGGACGACGAUGAAGGAGGAACCGCUCGGUGGACUGAACUCGGUCCGCUCCUGGAUGCACACAGCUGGGGUGGUGGAUGCAAACACAGCCGCCCAAAGCGGUGUCGGCUUGGCACGGGCACAUUAUGAAAAGCAGCCCCCUUCCAACCUCAGAAAAUCCAAUUUUUUCCAUUUCGUCCUGGCGCUGUAUGACAGACAGGGUCAGCCCGUGGAGAUCGAAAGGACAGCUUUUGUGGACUUUGUGGAGAAAGAUAAAGAACCAACCAGUGAAAAAACUAACAAUGGGAUACAUUACAAACUACAGUUAUUGUACAGCAAUGGCGUCAGAACAGAACAGGAUCUUUACAUACGGUUAAUCGAUUCCAUGACGAAGCAGGCCAUCAUUUAUGAGGGUCAAGACAAGAAUCCAGAAAUGUGCAGAGUUCUUCUUACCCACGAAAUUAUGUGCAGCCGAUGCUGUGACAAGAAAAGCUGUGGAAACAGGAACGAGACUCCAUCAGACCCUGUGAUCAUUGACAGAUUCUUCCUAAAGUUCUUCCUCAAGUGCAAUCAGAACUGUCUGAAGAAUGCAGGGAAUCCACGUGACAUGCGCAGAUUCCAGGUUGUCGUAUCGACGACCGUCAAUGUGGACGGCCAUGUGUUGGCUGUCUCUGACAACAUGUUCGUACACAACAAUUCCAAGCACGGGCGAAGGGCUCGCAGACUCGACCCUUCAGAAGCCACCCCGUGCAUCAAGGCUAUCAGCCCAAGUGAGGGAUGGACCACUGGAGGAGCCACUGUCAUCAUCAUAGGGGACAACUUCUUCGACGGCCUACAAGUCGUGUUCGGCACCAUGCUCGUAUGGAGUGAGUUGAUAACUCCCCACGCCAUCCGUGUCCAGACUCCACCCCGGCACAUCCCCGGAGUUGUGGAAGUCACGCUGUCCUACAAGUCCAAGCAGUUCUGCAAAGGUGCCCCUGGGAGAUUUGUCUAUACUGCCCUAAAUGAGCCAACCAUCGACUAUGGUUUCCAGAGGCUGCAGAAGGUCAUCCCCAGACACCCCGGCGAUCCUGAGAGGUUACCAAAGGAGGUGCUACUGAAGAGGGCGGCUGAUCUCGUUGAAGCCCUGUAUGGAAUGCCCCACAACAAUCAGGAGAUCAUUCUGAAGAGGGCAGCUGACAUCGCCGAGGCCCUGUACAGCGUUCCCCGCAACCACAACCAGAUUCCCUCUCUCGCUAACACAGCCUCCCACGGCAUGAUGGGAGUCAACUCCUUCAGCAGCCAGCUAGCAGUCAAUGUGUCUGAGUCACAAGGGAAUGACCAAGUAGGCUACAGCCGGAACACCAGCAGUGUGUCCCCCCGGGGCUACAUCUCCAGCAGCACCCCGCAGCAGUCGAGCUACAACUCCGUCAGCAACAGCAUGAAUGGCUACGGCAACGCCGGCAUGAACCUGGGAGUGCCAAGCUCCCCCGGGUUCCUCAACGGAUCCUCUGCCAACUCCCCAUAUGGAAUCAAACAAAAGAGCGCCUUCGCCCCUGUGGUCCGACCCCAGGCCUCCCCACCCCCCUGCACCAGCGCCAACGGCAACGGACUGCAAGCCAUGUCCGGCCUGGUUGUCCCUCCAAUGUAA